CACCGGGAACAAAGUCUUCUGCGACUGUCUACGUUUUUUAUGAGUUCAAUGAAUUGGAUUGAGCCUUGGAAGACACUUGCUGUUUCUAGCGCACCACGUGUCCUGCAGGGAAAACACGGUCCCGCUCACCAAAGCAGUUUAACUUCUCUUGGGCACACGUUGCAAGGAAUACAAGAGUUCGUCACGUCUGAUGCAAGCAUUUGAAAAAAAUCACUGCUUCCUGGAAAGCUACAACAGGGGUCACAUACCAGUUGGCCUCAGCCCACCAUCGGACGGUUGACUUCCGCGUGCUGCUGUUCUUCACCAAGCUUACUGAAAGCGGAUCGGCAUUCUGGCAGUCAGGACCUAUGAAUAAAUAACACUGACGAACGAGGCACCGAGCCGCACGAAAAAACUGAGAGCCUCUUCCCGUCAACACUGGCUCUUGGCUUCCGCUCCAUCACCGGGUGGGCGAACGAAAACCUGCGCUUCUACCCAAGAAACGCCCCUUUCAAGAGUCUUGCUCGGGUGAAACCACGCCUUUUGCCCCAGCUCCAGUGCCAGCUUAUUCGCAGCGUAGAAACGAGAACCAUGAACAUCAACGAGGGAGCCCCUUUCUUGCCAAGACCCACUCGACGUCUUGAAACAGAGAGACGGCUCGGCGCCAUGCUUUUUAGUAUAUCUCAACCAGCGACAGUUUGCCAGCUGCAGGAAGGGGGCACUCCAAGGUGAGCUUGAGAGCGAGGGCUGACAUCGUCGGCGCGCCCACUCAUGUGUGGCAUCUUCCCCACUCACCGUGGACCGUGGUGACUUCCUAGUUUGCACGGGUUCUGCAUCUCCUUGCCAGCUCCCUAGCGAAAACAGGUCUGUUCUCCUCAUGCUUGCUCAAGCCUCGUCCCUCUAUUUCGUCUCUCACGUGACCCAAGAAAUCGUCCAGUUCUGUGUUCUACCGCGGCACUUUCUCGUGAAAAGAGGCGACCCCAGGCAAUGGCUCGUUGAGCCGUGUGGCGGCCGUGGCUUGACACGGCUCUCUGUUCGUUUCUCCCCGUAGUUUAUAGAAAGUGCGUAGCUGUCCGUGCAUCAUAAACGCCGCAAUCUGGUGACUCCUUUUCCACAGAAUCAAAGGCGUUAUUUAGGUUGCUGCACGCGUUCCUGAAUUCCCACCGACAACGGUGGGGCAGUGACGGCAAGCGCUGGUUGGCGGACGGAGGGUCCCGCCGACUUGUGCGGGUUAAACACACAGUUGAAGUCCGGCUCUUGUCGACUCAACUCGUCCGCCUUUUCCGUCUCUCUUCUCUUCGGGAAAGGGUUCGCAAUGAAUGCCUUUUUCCGCGCGAACUCGGCAUUUCACAGGGAUGGCCGACUUGAAAGUGGCCAAAGUUUCCCUAACUCCAACCCGUCGGUUUCUCUGCUCGCCCUCGGACUACCACACUCCCUCUAUCAAAAAGCAUGCAUGUUACAAAACUUUCCACUGAGACAUUUUGCCGCCCCGUCUUCAGGAGGCUGGUUUUCCUGGCUUGGUCCGUCGAGUCCUGCAGUUUGUGACGUGGCGGCUCCUGCCACGCACGAGGUGCAACGGGAAGGAACUUGUCAGGUGACAGCGACAAGAUCGUACGCCCGCCAUGACUUUCCAAAAAAAUUCUCCCCGGUCACAGCAUCCUCGAGUGACAGUGACAGUGCGCUCAGCAGCCCUCUGGAUGUUGGUGGACUGCAAAGUACCCUUAAGUUAGACUAUCCCGAGCAACCUCAGAGGGUUCUCGCAAUAGAUGACACCGCCGCUAGUUUUGGCACGGCUCAGGGAAAAUUCCCCUUGCACCCUGUCCAUGACAACCCGCCCAUAUUGCAUUCAAAGGGCAAGCUACAUGGAUGCAGACAAAUUAUUUAUCGCAACACCCGCACUGGGCAACCGGAGGAACGCGUAAUCCAAAUUCUUGCAAUUCACGAAAAUCCAGAAGUGUUUCUCAUUCCCGAAUUGCUAACAGACAGUGACUGCGAGCGUCUACUACAACUCUGUGAAGGGCGCUGGGAACGCAGCAAAACGAGUACAGGAUACGCCACCGCAGAACCACGCGACUACACGUCAUCAAAGAGUCCAUCAAGAACCAGUUGGUCUGUUCCUCUUGCCAUUGCUGAGACCGAGAUCGUAGAGAAUAUUGAGCGAAUCGUCUCAGCGUUCGCCGGCAUGCCUGUGGAACAUCUUGAGCCCUUGGUCGUUGUCCGGUACGAGGAAGGUCAGUACUUCAAACUGCAUUCAGACGGAGGCUUCCGACCGAAAACGAUACUUCUGUAUCUAAAUGACGUCGAAGCCGGCGGGGAAACGAGUUUCGAAAAUCUGGGAUUCCGUGUCGCUCCCAUGAAGGGUGCAGGCGUCCUCUGGAACAACUCGUAUCCAGGAACAAAUGAGAUAGACCCCCGUCUCAUUCAUGCGGGCUUGCCCCCAGAAAAAGGUGUCAAGUUCGUUGUCAACUGUUUUUUUAAUAAAGACCCAAUUCGCAACGAUCUUCGGUCUAUCGCAAAUUAACCGAAGCUUUCACCCAAGAGACUCACCCGCCGCUCAGCGUAGCUGUUUUACCUUCCCUUUAGUGUGCCAUGAACGGUAGACAUGGUAUUUUUUAUCUUCAUUUACAGAACCCGCUGUGUGUUUUGCCAGGUGCUAGCGGGGUAACAGAUUUUUUGCAAAUGCUGUCUGAGAUUGUGCGGAUUCCUCCAGCUACGCGGGAACUUAGACAUACAGACUAACUUUCCCCCUAUUUCUCCUAUCUCAUGUAUGCAACGGCUACGCAGUGCCUUUGUAAACCACUGUGAGUCCUCCUGAGUUGUUUGCCAUUACUCUCGCCUGCACAUAUAAAAAACGACGCGAGGGCUCGGAUGGCACGCAGCCUGACUCGUGGACAAAUAGCUUCCAGGAGAAGCUGGUACAAUUUAGAGCGUGUGUUCGUAAGGCUUAUACAUCGUACGGAAUUGCUGGACAAGUUACUGGGGCAUUGUACUGCAACUUGAAUCGCGUGGACAUUUCAGUCGUUGCUCUUGCGCUUCUCUCACGUUGCGGUGCCGUCUAACACAAAUGUGUGCUGGAUCAGAAUAUUAACUGAUCAGCUUAUAACCCAUCGAAUGUUAUCAUCCUUCCCGAAGAAAAAGAUCCGGGAUAUCUUCGUCAAGAUGGAAAGUAUUUUAAAGCAGAAGCUCACAGUCCAUGUUGCACUGUACUCACGUGACUAAGUCCUGCCACCGGUAACUAGGGCGGGUGAACUUGUUGCUCGAAGUUGCGUUGGUCGCCAGAAUAGGUGUGCUGUGUCCCAAGGAAGACCCAGGGGUUGUUUCAGGGUAAUACAACAUUUUUUCUAAAGAAGGGCUUUUCGGGAAGGUUCACUAAUCUGCUCUGCCGGCAAAACAAAGUCUUUUCGUUUAGAUCAUCUGGUUAGUUCCGUGUUUCGUAUCACGUAAAAACAUUAGUUCAUGUCAGCAUCACUAUGAGUAAGACACGCGUUUAUUGUCUUUUUCGAGUGAGCUGAAGCCUCUCUCUCGCUUACAGUUCCCUUUGACUGCUGCGUUUGCAAGCUGUUCCGUGGGUCACACAGACGCGAUGUCUCGUCUACCUCCGUGUGGGGGCCCGCACCAUUCGUGUCUCGAUUCGUUUUAGAAACGCAGAAUGCUUUAAGAAGACAGAGAGCAGC